UUGAUGUCAAGAAUGUGCUCCUGAGUGACAAUCUGACAAAGGAGGUAUACAUGGGUCAUCCUCCGGGCUUUGAGUCCGCUGAUUUCUAGGGAAAAAUAUGUUGAAGCAAUCACCACAGGCAUGGUUCGGGAAGUUCAUAAAGGUGGUGAUUGGCCAUGGAUUCACUCAGGCUCAAUCAGACCACACUCUCUUCUCCCGGCAUUUUUCCAGCAACCAGUCUUUGUAAACAAGAACUCACUACCAACACCUUGUGGAGAAACUCAUCUACUUUGUCCGUACAUGCUUCGACAUUUUCCACACAGUUGGGAUAUCAGUCAAUUCUUUUUACACGGACGUGGAUUGGGCUGGGUCCAUCCAUGAUCGACGAUCUACUUUGGGGUACUGCUCAUUUGUGCGGGGAAAACUGAUCACGUGGAAAGGCAAGAAGCUGUCUGCAGUUGCUCAGAGCAGUGCGGAAGUCAAAUUCCGGUCCAUGUCCCUAGAAAUUUAUGAAGCUCCCUGGUUACGCAUCAUCUCCAGGAACUACAUAGAGUAUCAGAUGGAGGUUAAGGAUUCAAUAGAUGAUAUCCCUGUUCAAGAUCCACCAGAUGAAGAGUUCUCUGCAGCUGACCUGACUUGGACCAAACUUGGGACCUCGGAGCAUCAUGUUGUUGAUGCAGCUCUUGUACCCUAUGAUCGAGUAGAGGCCUUUAUAAGCGGGGAGAGUUCCAACGCAGAGUGUCCCACAAGGUUUCACAUCUCAAGAAGUAGAAAAAGAGAGUGGAACGAGCUCAAAGACUACAAAAGUGAUGAAUAUCUGCAACAUAGGCUUUAUUGGUGUUCUUUUGGCCCGGAGAAUUACGGAGAGGGAGGAACCAUAUUACCUAGCCGAAAGUACCGGCUCAAUACGAGAAACCGUGCUGCCCGACCACAAUCGAUGCGUGGUUGCACAUGUCGUUUUGCAAUCAAACGUCUAUAUGCUCGGCCUUCACUUGCACUCAUAAUUUAUCACGAGAGGCGGCAUGUUAAUAAGUCUGGGUUCAUCUGUCAUGGACCCCUCGAUAGAGAUGCAAUUGGCCCAAAAGCCAAAAGAAUUCCUUACAUCGGUAGUGAAAUCCAACAGCAGACAAUGUCUUUAAUUUAUCUCGGUAUCCCUGAGGAGAAUGUUCUUAAAACGCACCUGGAAGGAAUCCGGAGGUAUUGUGGUUCGGAUGCAAGAGUCAACAAUUUUGCAUCACAAUAUGUUCAAAAGUUGGGGAUGAUUGCGAAAAGAUCCACUCAUGAAUUAGACCUGGAUGAUCAGGCUAGCAUUCGACUGUGGGUUGAAAGGAACAAGAAGUCCGUGUUCUUUUAUCAGGAUUCUUCAGAUACAGAACCUUUUAUUUUAGGAAUUCAAACGGAAUGGCAAUUGCAGCAAAUGAUUCGGUUCGGCCAUCAUAGCCUUCUUGCAUGUGAUUCCUCAUUUGGCAUUCACAAACUCAAGUAUCCGUUGUAUACACUCCUUGCAUUCGACUCAAGACAGCAUGCUCUUCCUGUCGCAUGGGUCAUUACUCGAACUAUAACAAAGCAGGAUGUUUCUAGAUGGAUGAAAGCGCUUGUAGACAGAAUUUAUACAGUAGAUUCAACUUGGAAGAUCAUUGGUUUUAUACUCGAUGACCCAGCCUUCGAGUUCGAACCAAUCAGGGAUAUAUUUAGCUGUCCGAUGCUCUUCUCCUUGUGGCGUGUUCGUCGUUCUUGGCUUAGGAAUGUUGUUAACAAAUGCAGUAACAUAGAAGUCCAACGGGAGAUUUUCAAAUCUUUGGGGAAAAUUUUUUACAGCAUAUGGAAUGGUGUGGACUAUAUGAUUGCCCUUGAAGAAUUACUACAAGAUUUUGUUGAUCAAACUGCAUUUAUCAAGUAUUUCAAAUCAUGUUGGGUGCCAAAGAUUGAGAUGUGGCUUACAACCAUGAAGACUGUUCCACUGGCCAGCCAGGAAUCAUCUGGAGCCAUUGAGAGUUAUCAUGUUAAACUAAAGGUCAAAGUAUAUGAGGAUACACAACUAGACGCUCUCGAACGUUUGGAUUGGUUAGUACACAAGCUUACGAUGGAGAUUCAUUCCAGUUACUGGCUCGAUCUAUAUGCCGACGAAAGUGGAUCUUUUCCUGUUGUAAAAGACGAGUACAUAUCUGCAACAUCAUGGCAGAGGGCAUUGCAGAUUGCCGAUGAUUCUGUCACCUUCGAUGAUAAAGAUCACCUCUUUGCGAAGGUCUCCAGCCAGACGGAUCGUAAUCUCACACACAUCGUGUGGAAUCCAAGCUCAGAAUUCGCAUUUUGUGAUUGUUCGUGGUCUAUGCGAGGGAAUCUUUGCAAGCACGUGAUAAAGGUCAAUAUGCUUUGCGAAAGUAAAGAGGAUUAUCCUCCGUCAUUAUCGUAUGAAUCAUUUCGGAAACUUCUUGUUGAUAUUUGGAGAAAACCCGUGGAUGAUUCGAUCGAACUGGACCAAUCUCUUGCUUGGGUUACGCUAUUGGAGGAGAAGGUUCGAAGGCUUGUGGAACUCACGAGUUCGAGUAAUAUUGCUGCGGUGAGUAAAAGCUUGCCAUUAAAGUGGGUUGGUAAAAAAGGAAGAACAUUUGUUGGUAGGCCUGCAGAAGGUACACUUGCUCUUCCUUCUAUUUCCAAGAACAGUGUAAAAGGAAAGGUUGUUUCUAAGAAAAAGAAUCGAAAACGAAAAAGGAUAAAAACACUAUUGAAUCACCAAGUUACAUGUAGCUAGUUUGAUACGUUUUAUCAGACGAUAAAUUGUAUUCAUUUUUGCCUUUCCUUUCUGUAAAUUCCUCAUAAUUGAUCAUCAUCAUUUCUAGUAGUAAGUUAUUUGCUAGCUUGG